GACGAGCCGGAGGAUAACAAGCAGGGCCGAGGAGCGAGGAGUGGACAAGCCUGGACACCGCAGGACACAAGUACAUACACACACUUACACAUACACGCGCGCCUCUGACUGAGCAUGGUGGACAGUGUGUAUCGGACCCGCUCGCUCGGCGUGGCCGCGGUGGGCCUGCCGGACCAGUACGCGGACGGCAAAGCGGCUAAAGUGUGGCAGCUUUAUAUCGGAAACACCAGGAGGAGGACGGAGGAGUACCGGAGCUGGCUGGUCUCUCUGCUCAGACAGCACAGCUGUGUCAGAGUGCUGGAUGUGGCCUGCGGCACAGGGGUGGAUUCCAUCAUGCUGGUGGAGGAGGAAUUCAGGAUGGUCAGUGUGGACGCCAGUGAUAAGAUGCUGAAGUACGCUCUCAAGGAGAGAUGGGAAAGGAGGAAAGAGCCAGCUUUUGACCAGUGGGUAAUCGAAGAGGCUAACUGGCUUACGCUAGCGGAUGAUGUUCAGAAGCCGGGAGAUGGGUUUGAUGCUGUUAUCUGCCUGGGGAACUCUUUUGCUCAUCUACCAGAUUUCAAAGGGGACCAGAGUGAUCAGAAGCUGGCUCUGCACAACAUCGCCAGCAUGGUGAAACCUGGAGGAAUCCUCAUCAUUGAUCACCGUAACUAUGACUACAUCCUCGAGACCGGCCUAGCUCCACAAGGGAAGAACAUUUAUUACCAGAGCGACUUGAAACAGGACAUCUCCACAUCAGUGCUUUGGGUCAACAACAAGCCCCACAUGGUCACACUGGACUACUCACUGGAGAUCCCCCAACCAGAGGGAGCACAGAUGCCACCCGAGACAAGUAAAUUCCGCUUGUCGUAUUACCCUCACCGGCUGGAGAGCUUUAAGGAGCUCCUGAAGGAGGCCUUCUUUGGAAAAUGUGAGCAGAGCGUGUUUGGUGAUUUCAAGCAGUAUAAGCCUGGCCAGGGAGGGGCUCCUUGUUACUUCAUCCACGUGGUGAAAAAGACUGCUUAAAACAAUCUUUACAAGCCAAAGAGCUCCGUCAUUACUUUCUGUUCUUCUCAAUGGCUCAUCUGUCUUAUUUCUCUGGUGCCUUAAUCUGUCGUUUGCUGCUGUUCAACUGCAUCUCCCACCAACAGGACUCUCCACUUUUAAAGCCUUACAUGAAAACACAGUCAAGUCAGAGGUCUGUAGCUCAGCAGUUCACAUGAGAAUCCUUUGAUACCUAAAUGAUGCUGAGACUUGAAUUAUUAUUUUCUGGGAGAGAAUGUUGUGUAUUUGUGCCACUGAAUGUGUUGGUUUAACCUCCAUAGCAAACCUGCUUUUCUAUUCAUAGAAUGCCAAAUUUUAAUGGAUUUUUACAAUCCCACAUGUAAUUUUUAUGGUCUUGCUUUCAUUUUCAAUGCAUAAAUGUGCAUUGUGAUCUUUUAAACCACAACCAUUUGCCUUAAACUGAAACUGUUAGAAGGGAUGAAGUGGCUUAAACCCUUAUUCAGGCUGGGCAUUGUUCAAAUUGAUACUAAUACAGAUGCCUCAGAUUUCUGAAUUAUGCUUUUUUUCAUACUUCUUUUACAGUACAAACUAAAAGUUUACUGGCCGUUAAUAACAAAUGUACCGAAUGUAACCGAUAGCCAAUCAGCAGUCUAGAUUUAGGAACAAGCUUAUUUAUUGGCCCACAGAGGCUAAGAGACUGAAAUUUGGUAAUUGGACUUUUUCAAUACUCAGUAGUACUGAAGUGAUUUGGUGAUAAAAAUCAUACAUUUUGAUACGUAGCCUGAACCCUCACUGCUCUGCUGUAGUUCAGAUCCUCCGUGUUCAGUUUGACCAGUAAAUGAUUUGUUAUUUUAAACAGCUCUUUGCUCUUUAGUGGAGGAUCUUGAUAUCGUCCUUAGUUCAAAAAGUUCUCAUUGCUCAAUUCUUCUCACUGCCAGAAGCCCAGAACGUCUCUUCAGUAGUUAUCCAUUAUCCCAGCUUAGCCUGUUUAAGAAAAACAGGAGGGCUAUAUGACCUUUUUGGCUUAGAGAACCAAAGAAAGCUCUCAGUCUCCAUCUAUUGGACAGAUUGUAGAUGUGAACGUGUAUGAAGUUGCCUCAUCCAAAACUAUAGAUUUUAUUGCUUUUUUACUUAGAGAAAAUGGUUAUUUUUGCUGCAACGGUUUAUAUUUGCCAACUGGAUUCAGUUUGACCUGUCAGUUUAUUUGGCUGCAAUAGCAAAGUGCAAAGUUCAGGAAGAAUUUGUACAAUGACUGACCUGCCCUGAAGUGACCUACAAUGAAAGAAUGUGCCAACAAAGUAUAGGUUCAUUUUCCAAACACUUUCCAAUCUACAAUUUAACUGAGUUUUGAUGUCUCCCAUUUAUUAUUAUAUUGAUUUUCUUACUCCAGAGAAGUUUCUGUGUUGUCACAUGAACAAGACUCCUGAUACCCUGUCAGGCCAAAGUACUUUAUCCAGUACAACACUGUAACUACACAACUGCACAGUAUGAAUGUAAUAGUUAUAGUAAUUCUCUGGUAUUGGAGAUGAUAUAAAGUGAUACUGUACAUUCAUCCUAUGUUGCCAGUUUAAAGGCUCGUUUUCAGUACUGGUUUGUUGUAAGUUUUUUUGAGCAGCAUUGUUCUAAUGCUUUCAGAAAGAAGAUCAAAAAUACUACUUGUUUGGAUUCUUUUCAUAGUGACUGUUUAUUCUGUUAUGACUAUUGUGAAAAAGUACUUGUAAAUAAUAGACAAGUUUGAAAAACUUAGUAAAUAAUAAAAAAAAAAUCUGUGUUUA